GUUUCUGGUCUCCUAGCAACUGAGCUGCGCUAACUUGACGCGGCGGUGCUGUGGUCAGCCUGCAGCAUCAGAGGAAAAUAACAGGCUAAACAGAGUGUAAGCCCCUGAUUGUGUUCUUUCCCUGGAACAUGGUGGCCAAACAGAGGAUCCGGAUGGCCAACGAGAAACACAGCAAGAACAUCACGCAGAGAGGAAACGUGGCCAAGACGCUGCGACCCCAAGAGGAGAAGUACCCCGUCGGCCCCUGGCUUCUCGCCCUCUUUGUAUUCGUUGUUUGUGGAUCAGCCAUAUUCCAGAUCAUCCAGAGUAUCCGUAUGGGGAUGUGACACAGGGGGUGGGCCGCGACCCCCGACCCCCUCCCCGUGCCCUCAAUGGGCCCGGUUAGCCAUCGCCUGCACACUCGCGCCCUCAUCCACCACAGAGCGACCUCUGACCCCCGAUCAGCGUUUCCAGUGUUGCAGUCUGUGGUGCUGACAGCUUUUCUACGGACAGUCUAAAACCACGCCGGAUGCAGAACGACUUUCAUUCGUCGCUUGGCUCCUGUCUGUAUGUGUGUGUGUGUGUGUGGGUGUGUGUGUGUGAGCUGGCGAUGAAUCCUGCUGACUAUGUGCCAUAACUGUUAUUUUCUUCUAUACUGUACGAAUGAAGAAUGUGGGUUUUUGGUGUGUUUUUUUGUUGUUUUUUCUUUGUUUUUCAAAUAAAUGUGAAGCAGUUGGAGCCAUCA